AUGUCGAACGUGACCAGAAUGUCGACCUCGAACACAGACGCCGAUGUCGCCUUGCCGCAUGCCUCGUUGUUCGCAUAUUUCCGUGACCCUGCAGCUGUUCACAAAGCGACAGAUACCGAUAUCUUAUCCAAUGAGAACAGCUGUGGUACCAACGCGCAUCAACUGCUACGUUCGCCCAGCGAUGACGACGACGACGAAGAGUCAAGACUAGGCUUCUGGGGCGAAGUGGAUGGACCUAAGAGCUCGUCUGGAUCAUACUCAUUCGACGAAAGCAGAUCAGCUUGGCGAGGAGCAGCCGCCUUCUGCUGUCUUUGGUGUGCGUUCUCGGUCAUUAUCCUCGGCGCCUUUGGCCUCUAUUUCACUGUCGACCUUGCCUUCAGCCACUAUGGACUGGGUACUGGGAUGGCGGAGUGGGUCAUGUUCUGCCUUGAGACUCCGAACCGCGAGGCACCGGGCCCGCAGGCCUGGCACUACCUGAAAGCAGACACCGGCGAUCAGUGCACGACCGAUACCAUCGAAUUCAUUCUCAACCCAAAGGAAGCAUGGAAGGUUCAGCCAAAUGCGAUUCUGCUCUUGAGGGACGAUGCAUCAUACCUGGGUCAGCAUGAACAGAUUCGGGCACCCGUUAUCUCCCGAGAACAACCACAAGCUCUUAAGCUGGGUGACGAUGUUGCAGAAGAGGGUCACUUGGGCCAAACAGUUUGA